AUGGGUGGACUUUUCUUCUUAUACGGUCAAGGUGGUUGUGGAAAAACAUUCUUAUGGUCAACUAUAUCAUGCUCAAUUAGGUUUAAAGGAGGUAUAAUUUUAAAUGUUGUUUCGAGUAGGAUUGCUGCACUUUUGUUGUCUAAUGGAAGAACUGCACAUUCAAGGUUUAAAAUUUCUUUGGUCAUAAAUGAGGAUUCUUUGUGUAGCAUUAAACAGGAAAGUCCUCUUGCAAGGUUAAUAUCCAAGGCCAAAUUAAUCACAUGGGAUGAAGCUCCAAUGAUAAGUAAAUAUUGUUACGAAGCUUUAGACAAAUGCCUCAGAGACAUCUUAAGGUGCUUAUAUUCGUAUAAUGCUCAUUUGCCAUUUGGAGCUUUGGAUGACCUCAUUGAUUUCGUGUAUCCAGAUAUGUUAUCCAAUUUAUCCGUUGAAAAUUAUUUCAAUGAUAGAGCAAUUCUUGCACCAACUUUGGAUUGUGUCGCUGAUGUCAACAACAAGAUGACUACAGGGUUACCUGGACAAGAAAGAGUCUACUUAAGUUCAGACUCUGUGUGUGCUGAAGAGGAAAAUAUAGAAUUUGAGUUAGAUGCUUUCUCGCCGGAGAUUCUAAAUGGAAUAAAUUGUUCAGGUCUACCACCACACAAGUUGGUUAUGAAGGUUGGCGCUCCUGUUAUGUUGCUGCGGAAUAUAGACCAAACUAAUGGUUUGUCUAAUGGAACGAGGAUGCAAGUUAGAAGAAUGGGAAAUCAUGUGAUAGAAUGCAAGACUUUAACUAGUAACAAAGCUGGAAGUAUUGUUCUUAUCCCAAGACUGAAUCUAAUUCCAAAUAAUGAAACAUUGCCGGUCAGGUUUCAAAGAAGACAAUUCCCAAUUAUCAUGUCAUUUGCAAUGGGAAUAAAUAAUUCCCAGGGACAAACUCUAUCGAAAGUUAGAAUUUACCUUCCAAGGCCAGUUUUCACCCAUGGUCAAUUGUAUGUUACGUUAUCAAGGGUAACGAGUAAAGAUGGUCUGCGAGUGCUGUUGCAAGAUCAUGGACACUUGGAAGAUAACUGCACGAUGAAUGUGUUAUAUAGAGAAGUUUUUGAGAGCCUAUAA